CUUGUAUUCAGUUUUUUUUUUUUUUUUUUUUUUUGAGAGGGGAAGAGGCAUGCAAUGGAUGCUGCUGAAGCGACAGCGGUAGUGACGUCAAUCUUCAUAUACCCGAUCAAAUCAUGUCGUGGAAUUUCUGUUUCUGUAGCGCCCCUUAGUUCCACUGGAUUUCGAUGGGAUCGAGAGUGGUUAGUUGUUAAUUCCAAAGGUAGGGCAUACACUCAAAGAGUCGAGCCAAAGCUUGCUCUAGUUGAAGUGGAGCUGCCGAUUCAAGCUUUUGCUGAGGGUUGGGAGCCUACUAAGACCUCAUAUUUAGUUAUAAGGGCCCCUGGGAUGGACGUGCUUAAGGUUUCAUUGAGUAAACCGUGUGAAGUAACUGAUGGUGUCUCAGUGUGGGAGUGGACAGGCUCGGUCUUGGAUGAGGGAGACGAAGCAUCAAAAUGGUUUUCUAAUUAUCUUGGUAAACCGAGUCGGCUAGUGCGUUUUAAUGAAGUAUCAGAGACUAGAGCGGUGGACCCUAAUUAUGCUUGUGGAUACAAAAUUAUGUUUUCUGACCAGUAUCCGUUCCUCCUGCUAUCCCAGGGUUCAUUGGAUGCACUAAAUAAGAUUCUCAAGGAGCCCAUAUCAGUUAACCGUUUUAGACCCAACAUUCUUGUUGAUGGUUGUGAACCUUUUUCUGAGGACUUAUGGAAGGAGAUCAAGAUAAACAAAUUUACAUUUCAUGGUGUCAAGCUAUGCUCCCGCUGUAAGGUACCCACAAUUAAUCAAGAAAAUGCAGUGGCAGGAUCUGAGCCAACUGAAACUCUUAUGAAGUUCCGGUCCGAUAAAGUCUUGCGCCCGACAAAGAAACAGCAGGGGAAGGUAUACUUUGGGCAGAAUUUAGUCUGCAAGGACUCUCUUACUGAAGAAAAGAGAAAGAUCAUUGAAGUGGGAGAUCCUGUUUAUGUCCUUCAUGAGAUCUCUUCCUGUGUUGAUGCAGCAGCUUGAACACUUUUACUGUCUUGUGUCUAUAGCUGCUAUAAUGAAUAAUACAGUAUGUGUGUCAUAAUAAAAGAACCAGUGGGUGGUUUGAUAGUGUCUAGCAUUUUCAUAGGCAAAAAGUUCCCAAAUGAGAUGCAUAUUCAGAAAGUUUGUGUGGUACAAGUCUUUAUAAAAGAACUUUGAACUGCAUGCUGGCACUUCGACUCGGAGCAUAUUGGACUGGCAAAUGGGGCUACUGUGAGGUGACUUUGUCCUUUAUAAUUAUUUGAAUCAGUAAGUUACUGUUGCGAAGCAUUUCCUUUAAUAGAUGCAUUAGUUGCGAACACAAUUAAGUACUUAAA